AUGGCACGUCGCUCAUCUUACACUCAACCAUCUCAAACUGUCCAAAACUGCCAACAGCAACAACAGCAACAACCAAACCAACGACGAGUGAGCUUUGACUUGGACCAUAACGUGGUACAUAUCCUUCCUUCACUGGACCAGUGUCGUCAAGAAGCUAGUCGACGAGGACGCGAGGAAUGGGAGCGCAAGCAGUUCAAUCAAGAUAUGCUCUGUGAACUUAUCGUUGCGGAAAUCCAGCAACAGUAUCACUCCGCAUCUUCAUCGUCAUCCUCAUCCUCAGACGAAGACGAGCAUUUGGUGCUCAAGAGCUGUUUGAAAAAGAUUGCCCCUAAUGAACAAGAAACUUUGUCGACAGCAGCUGGCAACAACAAGCGAAAGAACAGCAAAAAGUCAAACGGGAAGAAAAAGGGCAAACGCGGCCAUGCCAACAACCACAAAGGACCUGCCGCGGCCUUGCAUCAAUCUCAUGCCGCUCCUGGUUGCACUAUGGCAGCACAGGCCAAGGCGGUUGCGCAGCAACACCAACAAGAAGUUGCUGUGGAGGAAGGUUCUGGAAAGACCGCCGACGAAUCACAUCAUCAGGAUAUGACGAUGCCAUCCCCACCAACACGCUUCAAGAAAAAAGAGAAACGAAAAUCAAAGUGA